GCCGGAUCGUCAGACAGUCAUUUACUCUUUCAUCAGGCUAGAGCCUGAGACAGUGAUGGACACGGAAAAAAACUGCUCUGUUCGCCAGCAUACCACGGAUAAAACACCCGUAAAGUUAAAUUGUCCAUUGGAGGGCUGCCCUGCCAGAAAUAUUGCCCGACUGGAUCGACACUUGCACAGGAUUCACGAUAUUCAGAUAGUCAACCCAGAGUAUGCUGCACUCAUGUCCAAGGCUAAAGCUACAGUUGACCGAAGGUCCACAAGCAAUGUCACUGAUAAUUGGAUGCAGGAGGAGCCGGAGGAAAGACAUAAGUCGACCGAGAAAACGCAUACUCUCAGUUCAGACCCGGGUGUUCACCAAGAGUCGGCUCCGCUGACUUUAAUGCCCUCGGGAAGGGAGCCAGCAUGUACAAAAACGCUGCCGACUGUCACAGGGCUGCGACGACAGCUACGAGCCACAGAGGACACCUCGGCAGCUACUGGGACUGGCUCGGUACGCCCAGAGAGUAGCACAUCUUGUAGCGGCACAUACCUGUCGCUGUCCUCGACAUCUGAAGAUGAUGAUUCCUCCUCCUCCUCCUCCUAUACAGAGCAUGGACCUUCAAGCCCCGAGCCAAGAAGCCACCGUGACUCCAAAGCGCUUCAGCUGUACCGAGCGUUUCUGUCAGGACCGCUACCCACUGCAAAGGGCCGGGACAACACGAAACAGGCGGUUCAGCAUAUCCAACUAUUCUUGCAACACAUGGCCAGGUUACCAGAGGGGCCAGUCAGGAACGACUUGCGGUUCUUGCGCCACGCCUCACGGAGCCAGUCGUGGUUCGAUGAGUUGAUGAGAUCAGGAUUGAAACCUACCACGGUCCACAGUUACCUACAGGACGUACUUUCUUUCCUGCGGUACCUGCAUGAGGCUGACUUAAGCCACGUAAAACUUUCUGAACGGAACAUACGCUCGUUAAUGUUCCUCCUCAAAUCAUUCAGAAUGCAGGGGAAAAGGCAACUCUCGCUGCACCGUCAAUUGGUACAAGACCAUGGGCAAGAGCGGCUCAUCCCUAAAAACAAGCUCCAGUGCUUUAACCAGCAAUGCGAGACGGCGAUACCUGAACUACUUGAUCUCUGCGAGUCGGCACCUUCCAACGCCUGCACCCUGGUCGGCCUUCUGUGCGGGAGGCUGUUGUUGCACAAUGGUCAUCGUAGGGGGGUCGUAAUGAAUAUGAGUCUGCUUGACUUUGACGGUGCCAAAGCCUACACGGGGGAGUUCCACAUCAGCACUUGGGCAACUCAUAACGAAGUUAACAAAACUGCAGUUUCGAGACACAUGGCGCACAGCCUGAGAACACAGGAGAGCUUCUACGUCCAUGACCAAGCCCCGGCUGACCACCAACGAGCAAGACGCCUCAUCGGGGAGAGCCUGGAGCUUACCGACAGCCUGCCGCCCCUGGUCGCUCACUCUGCCUCCACAGAGGACACCUGUUUAAAUGCACCGUCUCAGGAUCUGUCUGAUUUUAAUAAAGUGCUUUAGACUCAAAA